AAGCGUCACACCAAGUCGCACACGCUCUGCCGCCGCUGCGGCAGGCGUGCUUUCCACAAGCAGCACAAAGAGUGCGCACAGUGUGGCUACCCUAGCGCAAAGCUCCGGUCGUACGAGUGGGGGCAGAAGGCCAAGCGCCGAAAGACCACUGGCACUGGCAGGAUGCGGUACCUCAAGGAUGUGUCCCGCCGUUUCAAGAACGGUUUCAGG